AUGCAUUUCGUAAAGGACUGCCAGUUUUCCAAGCACACCUGCAAACAGUGUAAGAAAACGGGCCACAAAGAGGGCUACUGUGGUUGCUUUUCAAAAACUUUCACGGAGUCCAGCGGCGAGAAGAAAACUGGUGCGAAGAAGAAGCCAUUCAACACGAAGGUCAUCCAAACCGUACAGCAGGUUCGUAGCCGCCGGAGGUUCGUCACCGUCAUCUUCAAUCAAAAAUCAGCCAAACUGCAAUUGGAUUGCGGUUCCGACAUCACCGUCAUCAGCCACCGAACAUGGAAAAUGAUUGGAGCACCUCCAUCAUCACCAACCAGCGUGGAAGCAUCAACGGCAUCAGGGGAACCACUAGAGCUAAUCGGCGAAUUCACUUGCCCGAUAACCGUCGGGGACACCACGUUGGCAACGGUCUGCUACAUCACAUCGGUUGCAGAUCUGAACGUCAUCGGACUGGACUGGAUGGACGCAUUCGAUCUCUGGUGGUCGAAGCCGCUUGCUGCCUACUGCAAACAGAAGGUGGACGAAGCGCUGGAUCGACUCCAACGGUCGGACAUUAUCUCACCUGUGGAUUUUUCCGACUGGGCGGCACUUAUCGUCGUAGUCAAGAAACCCGGCGGCAAGGUGCGGGUAUGUGCCGAUUACUCCACUGGGCUCAAUGCGGCACUCGAAAGUAACAACUAUCCUCUUCCAACGCCGGAGGAGAUUUUCAGCAAAGUGUCUGGCAGUCGAAUCUUCAGCAUCAUCGACCUGUCGGGCGCAUACCUGCAGGUGGAGGUCGACGACGAGUCCAAGAAGUUGCUGACCAUCAACAUCCACCGAGGCUUAUUCCGGUUCAAUCGUUUGGCACCAGGUGUCAAAUCAGCCCCCGGCGCGUUCCAGCAGCUGAUGGCGAAGAUGGUAGCCGGUCUACGCGGCGUAGAAGUUUUCCUCGACGACAUUCUGGUGCACAGCAAGACGCUCGAGGAACACAACCGAAUCCUGCACAUGCUCUUCCGGCGCCUGCGUGAAUAUGGUUUUCACCUGCGAGUGGAAAAAUGCCGGUUCUAUCAAGAUCAGCUCAAAUACCUCGGACACAUCAUCAGUGCCAGGGGUAUCCAACCGGAUCCAGCGAAAAUUGCAGCGAUUUCGGAGAUGCCUGCUCCAACCGACGUGUCCACAUUGCGCUCGUUUCUGGGUGCAGUCAAUUUCUACGGGAAGUUCGUCCGUGAGAUGCAUCAACUACGCCAUCCGUUGGACAACCUGCUCAAGAAAGACACGAAAUUCGUCUGGAAUCGAGAGUGCAUCGGUGCGGUUAUUCUGCAUCGUUUCUCGAACGGCACCAUCAAGGCGGUAUCGCACGCAUCAAAAUCACUGUCCGCAGCAGAGCAGAACUACAGCCAGAUCGAAAAGGAAGCACUGGCAUUGGUUUUCGCUUGUACGAAGUUUCACUGCAUGCUGUGGGGUCGCCGUUUCACAUUGCAAACGGACCAUCAGCCGUUGCUGUCUCGAAUGAUUAACAAUCACCAGAAGCCCGAAGAAGAAGCAGUCAUCGCCGCAGUUCGAAUUGAAGAAGAUGUCAGUUCCUGCUUCCACGAUUCGUUCCAACAUUUGCCAGUCACCUACGAGAUGCUCAAGGCCGCCCCCAAGAAGUACACCGUGCUGCAGAAGGUAAUUUCUUUCAUUCAAGGUACCUGGCCGGCGCGUUGCGAAGGCAUCCAAGACAUCGAGGUUAGAUCGUUCUUCAGCCGUCGUGAUUCCUACUCCGUAAUCGACGGUUGCCUCAUGAUGGUCGACCGAAUCGUGGUUCCAAUGUCCCUUCAAAAACGAAUCCUCAAGCAAGUACACGAAGGACAGCCUGGUAUCGAGCGGGCAAAAGCAGUUGCUCGUGGAAUCGUGUUCUGGCCGACGAUGGAUGAAGACAUCACCAGCUACGUCCGCCGGUGCUCGAGCUGUGCAAGUGCUGCCAAAUCUCCGCCACAAGCUCAGCCACAACCAUGGCCUCGCGCUGAGGGACCGUGGCAACGCAUCCACAUCGAUUUUGCUGGACCUGUGGAUGGAAUGUACUAUUUAGUAAUGGUGGAUUCUUUCUCCAAGUGGUCGGAGAUUCUACAAACCCGUUCUCCUACAACCUCUACUACCAUCGCUUUCCUGCAAGAAGGUAUCUCUCGAUUCGGAAUCCCUUUGGUCAUCGUUUCCGAUAACGGAAGUCAGUUCACAAGCGCUGAUUUCCGUACAUUUUGCGAAAAGUUUCGAAUCGUCCACAUCCGAACAGCGCCCUACCACCCACAAUCAAACGGGCAAGCGGAAAGGUUUGUGGAUACGUUGAAGAGAUCGUUCAAGAAAAUCGUCGGGGGAGGAGAAACAUCAACCGCUAGCGCACUGCAAACGUUCCUGUAUGUGUACCGAUCCACUCCGUCAACGGUGUUGAACGGUAAUUCUCCUGCCCAGGUCAUGCUUGGACGACCGAUGAGGACAACUUUGGACCUGUUGCGACCAUCACCGAAACCCGAUUUCCAGCUACAACAGUCAGGUAAACGAAGUUUCUCGGCAGGUUCCAAAGUAUUCGCCAAGGUCUAUUCUUCAAACGAGAACUGGAAGUGGAUGCCUGGAACCAUUCUUGAAGCAAUCGGGAGUGUGAGCUACAAUGUCCUGCUGGAUUGUCAAGUGGGCCGACGCAAGGUUCUGCGCUCACAUGUCGACCAGCUCCGCUCGAGGAUGGAAGAAGCCGUUCCAGUUGAACCAGCACCGCUGUCCAUCUUAAUCGACGAUUUUGGCCUUUCCGCAAACGAAGCAACACAGCCCCGGCGAAGCGAGUCGCCGGCCGUCGUACCAGAUCAGCAGUCAUUCCAUGAAGAAACUGUUGAGUCAUCCGUGGUUGUUCCUGAAGAAACUCUGUCGAUUGAAGAAGAAGAAACUCUAUUACCGACGGAAAACAGUCUGCCCAUCCAAACAUCAACACCCGUGCAGCCAGUAUCGCGACGUCCAGAGCGCUCAAUCCGGCCGCCGAGGAGAUUGGCUGAUUUCCACUGCUAUCAACUCAAAGGGGGAGAUGCUACCAUGGCUACGAGAGCAAGCUACAAUCGUAGUAGCCAUGACCGUGACGAUGCAGUUCAAAAUGAAAAAUUUUGA